GCUAAGUGGGAGCAGAGAUAUAUCAGUUAAAAGUCAUCAGUCUCUUUUGAUCGUCCCUUUGGACUCAGCGUGCGUCUCCCCUUUCUCCCUUUUCCUACUCUCCCCAUCUCCCCUUCUCCCCCCUCUCGUCCCUACUGAGCUUGUGCCCUACUUUUCCUUCGAAGAUAUCACUAUGUUCGAGCAUCGGCUGCUUUCAAUACAAGGCAUCACUCAUAACAGCAGUGUAAAAGUUGGAGAAUGUUGCAACUCCGAUGAACGAGGCUUAGACUAACUGGACCCGAUCGGACGAGGGAAACAUGAAAAUAAUGCCUCGUAAUAGGAUGGGGACAUAUGCAUUAAGCUCACGGUAAUGACUACCGCGCUAGAGGUUCAUGGUCGUGGCCAAAUUUGAUGCCCGAAGCGUUGGAACCUACAUGAAUGUUUUUGCUGCUUUUUCCCCCCUCUGAUGCAUGCAGGAAUGACGAUGCGAUACAACCCGAAUGAGGGGAACGGAAGCCGAGUGGAAAAGAUUCGAGCCUUGAGGAAAAAUGGUACCACUGUCAAUUUCGUGGAAGUCGACCCUAACGAUUCCAAGGUGAAUUACAUGGUGGUCAUGCCGGAGGCCCUGGCCGCAGGGAAGUUCUGCUACUAUGGCCUGAAAAGCUUCAAAGUUGGAUAUGCAGCCAUACCGUUGAAUGAGACCGUGUCGGAGUGCGUUUUCAACAUGGCGAAGAAGAGGAAGAGCCUGGAAUGGUCAGUGGAGGGACGGAUCCUGGCCGAAGAACCAACGACCAUAUGGAAAGAGAUCACGAGCGAUCCAGGGAAGGUCGUCCUAGGUCUCAUGUUUGGAGCCCUUCUCAUCUUCAAUCUGUGGUAUUUCGUGACGAGGAGCGAUUGGUGGAGACGCAACUGCAGACGCGGGCAAUACGGUGGUGAAACUACUGGAUUCGCUCAUUAA